CACGUACGCCACAGACCGUGCCACCGCCGGUCGCGCCUCCGCCGGUUGCGCCUCCGCCGAUUGCGCCACCACCGGUUGCGCCACCGUCCGUCGUGCCACCACCAACUCCACAGCGGCAGCAGUUCUCGGUCACAGAGCUCGUGUGCACGGUUGGGACGUUCGCGGUCAUGCCCAACAUGCUGCCGCCCGAUGGUCCUGUGCCCGUACCUGUUCUACUGCGACGUCGUGGCUUUCGGUGGCACCCUGCAAGGCGUCAAGACAAUGAUCAGCUGGGAAGUGUUCAAGACGGUGAUCCAGAACCACACCGUGACCGAAGGCGGGAUUUCGUUCGACGCCCGAUACGUGAACCCAGAACACCUUGAAGGCAUAAAACUGCAGAACGAGCUGGCUACAAUGAGUCAGCAGAAUAUCAAGCACUACGGCAUCCUGAAUAUGGUGACAGAUCCAAGAAACCUGGUCGCCUAUGUGAGCAAAGCGAAACUACUCAUCGAUAAAUUUAAAGAUCUGCAAGGACACGACCCAAACAGAAAGGCAAUGAUUGCCUUCGGCGUCCUCGACUACAGUGGGCCAGACGUCUGGGACUUGUACAGCAGCCAGUUCAGAGUAACCGUAGAGAGGAGCAAUGCAGACACGGUGAUCGCGCUUAGCUCCACGGGGUCGCCGCCGGGCCAAGGCAAGUGCGUGUCGGUCCCGCCCGCACUGUUCGACACUGAGAAGCUGGCCGAUGAGUUCAAGGGACGGUCGAGGCCGUUCCCGAAUCUGAAAAGACACGCGACCUUGGUGGCGGCGGACGCCCGAUACAGCCGCUCGAACGUCAAGCUGGGCCUCUCUUUCGAGAUGGGCACACUGGUGUACGUAAUGGAGAAGGAGCAACAACUUGAACACGUGAUCUACGCCAAGUGCAGGCAGGGUUACGUCACCAAUGCGGACGUCGUGUUGAAUGACCUGAACAGGACGGGCAAUUUGCGAUCGGGCAUGUCCUGGCUCCUGCACAACGCCCACCUGGGCGACUUUGGGGGAUCCUGCAUGCAGAGUCCGUUCGACAGGGUCCAGUGGAUCAAGGACCGCUUCGGGAUCCGCUGA